AGUUGAGUCUAAAAGCCCUUUAUUAAAGCGUUAUGGACGAAGGCGGUGCGUUAAGACGUAUCAUUAUGUCCGAGAGAGCGUGAGAGACGAGGGAGAGAGAGAGAGAGAGAGAGAGAGAGAGAGAGACUGAAUGGAAGUUAAAGAGAAGGUGUAACAAUGAGAGUGGGUGGGUGAGGGUGAAGAUGAAGAACCAGUCAGGCGAGUUCACAUUACAGACGCAUAAUAGUAAAAUCGAGAAGGAAUGAGAGAGCGAGAGAAGGAGAGGACCUGCUGAAACCACCCAGUCUUCCAAGGGGUUUGGAGGUCAGGAGCAUCUGACGGAGCCUGUGGCAGAAAAAGGGAGAGCAACCACUGGAAUCCAGUGACCACAGCGCAGCAUUUCAGUGGAAGAAAAAGACAGCAAAAAGGAACGUAGGCUGGAGUUAACCAGUCUUCUGAGUCCAAAAGAAAACACAGUGUCCCAACAAUUGAACUGCCAAGUGUGAGUGCAAGCAGAUAUAAACAUUUGUGAGUGCUAAGGCCACGAGGGGAGUAGCCUUUUUUUCUGCUGAGCGCUCUGUGUUUUUGUUUAUGGUUUAACUUUCUUUGCAGGACAUCUUUCGCUUAGAUCUGGACGAUAAACUACACCUGCGGAUCUCUUUUGUUUUGUUUUGGGGUUCUUUUUGUAUGGAUUUCUUCGGAAAAUCGCCACGUCGACUCUGGACGCAUACCCGUGAUUACACUGUGUGGUGUGAAUUACGUAGUUGACAACCUACCCGCAUUUGGAAUGGAUAUCAAAGACCAUGCAUGUGACAGAAACAUGGAACGUGACUAUUUCAUGAGACAAAGUGGGGGGAAAAUAUUUUGGGAAUCAAAGGAGUAUUUUAUUUGCUUGCUGAUUGCACAGUAAUCCAUCUCAUUCUAAGAAAAUGGAGAUGUCUGAUGGAUCUACUGUUGUGCCUGAAUACUCUGCAUCAGUCUCAGGAUACAAUGGACCUGGAAAUGCAGAAUUAUCGAAUGGUUCUGAAGAAAGCCAGGGUAAGUCAGCGGUAGCUCAGGUGCGUUCAACUGCUGCUAGGUUCUGUAUCCGAUCAGCUAAAGACCGAAUGCUGGAGCCCACCAAGGGCCUGAAAAAAGUCAGCAGAUUUGAGGGUGAGGCCAUUGAAAAUGUGAGUAGAGGCAGCAACAACAGUAGGAAGGAGGUGCCCAGAGUUCGCCCACAUUCUCCACCAUCUCCAGACUCUGUAAUCAACGAAAGGACACCUAGAGCUCUGAAUCAGGUCAGUGUUGUAAAGGAACCAGAAUUGCCCUCUGAGCUAAGCGAUGCGACUCAAGGGAAACCAGAUUGUGCUGGCAGCUGGUCAACCACAGUGAGGGGAAGAACAGAAUGGAGAGGAGCAAAUCUAACAAACAGAAGCAAGAGCUUAGACUGGAGAGGAAGUGACAGAGGAAUGAUAAAGAACACUAGUGACUAUAAAAGGAGCCCCAGAAUACGUUCGGAGAGCUUUGAAGAACCAGGCAAUGUCCCGAGUUCAAAAGAACUGGCUAGCUCAUCAAAUAGAGUAUCAUUAAGAAUUCAAGCAUUCAAUGCAAUCGGUCAAGGAAAGCAGGAUGGCACUGUUAACAUUUCCCCAGUGGUAUCCGGAUCUUCGUCUGUUAGAACAGGCCGGGUAUCUCUUGCCCUGGAACGGGCAAGUGGUGGCCAGUCUCUUCCAUCCAGACUAAAACUUAAAGAAAGCCAGGACAGCACAGAGGACAGAAAAUAUCCCUGGUGGAACUCAGGACAGAGUAGUCCCAAACCAGAUCAGGCAGAGGUCCAACUGAGGUCUCAAGUUAGUGGAUCAAAAGUCAGUGAAAUAACUGGAAACCGCUCCAUCCAGGACAGAAUUGGGAAGCUCUAUGGUUUGAAUGCAUCUGAGGAAAAUAUUGAUGCAAACUCGAGAGACUCUGUCGCUGCAAAACGCUACUCUGCUCCUGUCGGCGAUUGGUUUUCCAGCUUAAAUGUUACUGAUUCAGAUUCAGUUCACAAGAGGUCAACUACUGAUACCGUGUUUGGUGUGCCAUCGUCUUCUUCUUUCAGUCAGUGGAGGAGGAUUUCAUGUGACAGGGAGAAGGGGGCUACCUUCCCAAGAAAGUUGUCCAAAAAGGAUGGAACUGAUUUCAUGUCUGCAACAGACACUCCAUCCGUUUCACCCAACAGGAACAUGAGUAAGGAUACCUUAUCUAACACACCAGUAACUCCAGCAUCAGCAUUGUCUAAAGAAAGACCCCUUGAUGAACAAUCAACUCAUUUGCUAAGUGGAAGCAGUGAAUGGAAAAGAGAAUCCAUGGUUCUGGAAACAAAUUCUCUAGAUAGAGCAAGGGGCAGGAAAAGUGCACCUGCGCGUUUAAGUGUCCUCACAACUGAGUUUUCAUUUUUGGGUUGUGAUGUAAGCCCACCUAGGGAAGCUUCCCAUCCUACUAGACAAGAAACCAUUGGGAAAGAGAUGGAGAAAGACAAGCACAGAGAAAAAAUGGCUGAUAACUCAAUCCAUGGCAAAGCCACAGAGACAAGUUCAGGUAAACAACUCCAUGGCCCACAAGAAACUCAUUUAUUCGGUCAAUCCAAACCUCAGUUUUCCCGAAGUAUAACAGUAGAUGGUAAAGGAAGCGAGGAUACGUUCAAGCUCGGCUCAUUAACACUUCCAAGAAUGAAGAGGGAAGGACUGCAGGAGAAAGCCCAAGUACCAUCCUUUGAUUCAGUGCGAAACACAAUUCACAAAUUUGAAGCUCUUGCUCAACAAAACAAGACUCCAUCCAAGAUGCUUGGUCCCAGAAGAACCUUUUCGGUGCCAGAAAAGCCUAAAUUUAUGCCAUUAGUGAGUAAGAGCAGCUCAGAUAAAUCUCUAGAUGAAUGGAAGGGCUUCUGGAACACAAAAGGCCUGAAAGAGGUUGUCUUCAGCAAGAGUGAAGUCCAAGGAGAGGUUGUGAGCCCCCUUGCUCUGACAAGACCUGGCCAGAUCACAGCAACAGAUAGCGGAAGCUCGACAAUGAAAACCCAGCGUGGAGUUAGUUCCAGAGAGGAAUUACUGGAUACAUUUGCAUCUGAACAAAGUAAUGAGGCCAAGGAUAAUGUUAAAGAUGAUAUGAAAAUAAACAGGCAUAUGGAUGAGCCAGAUUUUUCCAAAGCUAGUCAACAAAAUAUUGAAUCAACCGAAGAAAAGGUUAGAAAUAACCUCAACGCUGCAACUUCCCAAGAGUCUGAUGGAGCCACUGAUGUAUCCCACCCAGACUUGUCACAGAGGAAAUGUUCGUUAGAUGCCAAUGACAGAACCCAAGAGCUUCCUCCAAGCAAUGGAAGGACGAAAGACGCUAAAACAUUCCAAACAUCAGAAAGCACCAACGAUUCAGUGUCAUCCCCCUCAGUCAAGUCAGCAUCGUUACUGACCAACAAUACACAUUCAAAAUCAGCAUCCAGCAAUAGUGGUUCUACGGUAACAGCUCCUAUCCAGGUCAUCUCCUCAGCUCCGGGUGCUCUUAAUAUCUGUAGAGAUGAAAAGGUAGCUGCCAAAAUUUCUAGAUGGAUUGCAUAUGAAGGAGAUGAUGUUAAAGCUUCUGCUGCUGCUGAUGACGACGACGACGAUGAAGAUGACGAAGAUGAUGAGGGAACAGAGAAAGCAGAUGACUCUGAUUCAGGAGAAUCAUCAGUAACCAUCACAAGCAACAUGAGCCAGUCAGAUAACAGGAGUUUUUCUGUAAGUCUUGUGGACCUGUGUAAUCUGGGAGGACUGGACUACCCUGCCUCAGAUGGGAAUGGCUCAAAUGAUGAGGAGAAGUGGAUGUCCAGGCGAUCUGCCUCUCUGAGCUCAGACAUCUCAGUCCUGUCCAGUGUGACGCUGCUGGGCACGGAGGAGCUGGACUGCCUAUUAAACGAUGUCAGAGGCCUGGGAAACGACACCUUGCAGAACUAUGAGGACGUACAGGUGGUGGUCCUGCAUAAGGAGGUGGGGAGGGGACUCGGCUUCACCGUGGCAGGAGGAGUGGAUCAAAACAAACCCGUCACUGUCCACAGGGUCUUCCCCUACGGUGCAGCAGGUCAGGAAGGCUCCAUCCAAGAAGGUGACCAGGUGCUAUCAAUCAAUGGCACUGCUCUACACAACUCUGCCCACUGGGAGGUCCUGCGUACUCUAAGAAAGGCAAGGGGGCGGGGUAUGGCAGUGGUGGUCCUCAGGCGAGGUAGAAUCGCCGAAGCACAGCACAGCACCAAAGACGGCCUCCAACAACUAGCUGAAAAGCCAGUCUGGAGUGGUGUGUCUGUGUUUCCUUCAGCAGGCAGCAGAGUUCGGGUGACUUUGACUAAGUCUAAUUCUGACCUGGGCUUCAGUCUAGAAGGAGGAGUGGGCUCCAGCCUGGGAGACAAGCCCCUCACCGUACAGAGGCUAUUUCAGGGUGGACCUAUCGGGAAGCUGUGUCCAGGAGAUGAGCUUCUGGAGAUCCAGGGUCAGAGUUUGGGAGGGUUAAGACGCCUGGAAGCAUGGAACCUGAUUAAGAAACUGCCCCCUGGCCCCGUGGAGGUGUUACUGCACCGUCCUCACCUGCCUCACUGAGGGCUAGGUCUGGGGAGGGGUUUGAUGACAUCAAUGUCGAUGGUCAACGGUCUUGACCAACAAUGUUGUUUUUGCAGUGUUAUUUAUAUAUUUUUUUACUGUUGUGUGUACGUUCAGCAGUGUCAUAGAAGCCAUCCGCAAACCAGACAUCCAUCCAAAAAGCACAAAAAACACCGGAACCCCUGCUCUAGAGAAACUUGCCAACUCAGAAUUGUUCAGAGUGGCGAUAGGAACCAGAUGCCAGAAGAGCUGAAUGCCUCCAGAAGCUGCCUGAUGCCCAAUACAUGGUUUACGAUAGUUUUGAGAUAUGAUUUUGGGCUGAAACAUAUUUGUGACACAUUCAUGGCUGAGAGGUACAUGCAGGGCACUACAGUCCCAUAAGAAAACGUAUUUUAUCAUAUUUUCCACAUCACCAUCAUUAAAUACGUAAACUCAGAAGACUCAUGUAGGUUCACUCAUGGUUUUGGAUAGAUAACAAAAUAGCUAUAUUGGUGAACUUUGGCUCCUGUCACCACCACUGUAUCGAAAUCUGAGACAUGGUAAUAUAUUUAAGCUCAACUUUGACAGUCAGAAGGCACUGCAAGAACUUAUUUUACGCCACCAUGUGGCCAAAUUAUAGAAUGCACAUUUUAAAAAAGCUGAAAGGCCAACAGACUGUCGAUUAUUUUUUUUGAUGAGCACCUCUUUUUUUAAUGAUACUGCCUAUUGGGAUAUUUAAAUAAUACUGUCUAUUAAUUAUACUGUCUAUUGUGCCAUAUAAACAUAUCCCAUUGUCCAGCUUCACUGAGGGCCACCAGCCUUCAGUUAUGGAGCCAUAGGACUUUGCUAGCAGAUAACAAUGGAGCCGCCUUAAUUUCCCACUUUAACAACGACAUGCAAUGACGUUGUUGCAGAAUUAUGCAUUGGUACUCUGGCAUAUCUACUCCUAAAACAGGAUGCACUUUGUUUUGCCUUUUUAUAUAAUGAUAGAUGGUAAUAAUGGACUGCUGUACAGGAUACUUUUCAGGGAAAUCAAAAGCACUGGAAGUCUAAAAUAAGAGGAAGCUUCAAAUAUUGUCUCUGUGGAGAUCCAUUAUUUCAUCAGUUGUAUGUUCACCCAUAUACAUAUUUUUUUCAUCAUUUAAGCAAAUGCUUCUUUUGAUAUAGCGACCAGUAUGGAUCCUUUACAAAAUAUAGGUCUGUCCGAUUUUACAGGGUAGUCUGCUUAUAUUUUACACUCUGCAUAUUGAACUUUCCUAAUAAAUCAAUCUGGCAACCA